CAAAGAAUGAUGUGGGGUGCUGGCAGUGAACAUGACCAUCCCCAACACUCUCAUUAGAGGCACAGUAGGGGGGGAGGCCCUGCUGUCCGUCCGCUAUAGUAGCUUCAGCCUCGACCUGCCGGUCAUCAAGUGGCAGCUCAAGAGGGAAAAGUCUGUCACUGUUGUCCAGUCGAUUGGAACCGACAUCAUUGGGACCCUGAGGCCUGAGUAUCGCGACCGCAUCCUGGUAUUUGAAAACGGGACUCUGCUUCUCCACAACCUCAGACUCUCUGAUGACGGAACUUAUGACGUGGAGAUCUCCAUCACAGAUGACACCUUUACAGGAGACGGCAGCAUUGAGCUCACAGUGGAUGAGUCGAUAUCCAGGCCCUAUAUCCACAUGGAAUCCUUAUCAGUACUGGAGCUCAGCGAAAACGUCAUCCUCAACUGCUCCCAUGACAACGGAACCAGGACUGCAUACAAGUGGUUCAAAGGUGGAAAGCCAGUGACCAAUGUGACGAGGUUCGUGUUGUCACCUGACCAAAAGCUCUUGACCAUCACACGGGUGUUGAUGGCAGAUGAUGACAUCUACAGCUGCACAGUCGAGAAUCCUGUGGGCAACAUGACAAGUGUGCCAAUCAGACUGACUGUCUACAGAAGAAGUUCCCUCUAUAUCAUCCUUUCCACUGGGGGAAUCUUCCUCCUCAUCACUUUGGUGACAGUAUGUGCCUGCUGGACGCCUUCUAAAAAGCGAAAACAUCCAGCUAGAAAGCCUCACUCCAGCUUUUAUGACCAGUUUGAUCACUCACCAAUCAAUCAAACAGAUGAUGUGCUUCCAAAAAGGAGAGACCAUAAUGGAAUAAAAGCUGUUACUUCACUUUACAUCCUGCAGGAAAAGGAUCCUUCAAUGGAUGACUCAUCCAGCAACAGCAUUGGAUCUCCUUCUGAGCUUGACAACCCUCCGUGCUACACCAGUUCUCCCAACUACAACGAAACUCAUACCCAUUCUAAUGGGUCCCCGGCCCACUCUUCCCACAGGUAUACCUGAAAGCCCAUCAGUUUAAACGCUCCACAUGCAGCAAGUGGGAGGUCGGUCCUACUGUAUGCUGCUCCUGACACUGGGUGGAAACUUCCUGCUCAUCGGCCCGGAGUUUGGGAAAGAUCGCUUUAAAGAUCUUGGGUUUUACAAUAAUGUAAUUACUGCCUGUUGAUAUGUUUUUAUUAAGUAAACUGUUACUAUAGGUUGUUUUUAAA